AUGGCUGAGGGCUUGAGGGUGCCCUCGCGCCCCUCCAGCCCCAUCGUGCUGCUCCACGAUGUCACGGCCGCCCCCCGAGCGCCGCCCGCGCUCCGAGACAAACCCGAAACCAUCCGGGUCAUCACCAGGGACCUGAUCCGGGAGCUCAUAAUUCCCAGGGAUCGUCCCCAGGCCUCACUCAUCAUCGGCACUGAGGAAUUCCAGCGGAUCCAGGAGGAGGCUCGGGCUCCGCGCCGGGAGCUCGCGGAUCGGCUGCGGAUCCUCAAAUCCCGCCAGGACGCGGCUUUCAUUUCAGGUCCCUCCAGCGCCAUCGUGCAGCUCCGGGACGUGAGGAGCGCCCCGGGCACGGUGCCCUCAUCCCGGGACAAACCCAAAACCAUCCGGGUCUUCACCAAGGACGUGGUUCGGGAGCUCAUAGUUCCCAGGGAUCGGCUCCCGGCCUCGCUCAUCAUCGGCACCGAGGAAUUCCAGCGGAUCCAGGAGGAGGCUCGGGCUCCGCGCCGGGAGCUCGCGGAUCGGCUGCGGAUCCUCAAAUCCCGCCAGGACGCAGCUUUCGAGGAGCGCAGCCGGGCCCGCAGAGCGGAGCAGCGGCAGGAGGAGCUGCGGGAAGCUCAGGCCCGCUCGGAGCUGGAGCAGGAGCAGGAGAGGGAGCGGCGGGAGCUGCUGGAGCGCGCGGCCGGGAUGAGGAUGGAGCAGGAGGAUGAGAUGCGGCAUCUGAACUCGCUCCUGCUCAGCGCCCGCUGCAGCUCCAUCCUGGACAGGCAGCUGGCGGAGAAGCGGCAGGUGCAGGGGGAGCUGCGGGCGGAGGAGCAGCGCCUGGCGCGGCUCAUGGACAGCCAGCGGGAGAAGGAGCUGCAGCUGCAGGAGGAGCUGGAGCGCCGCAGGAAGCAGGAGCUCAUCAGCGCCAAGCGGGAGGUGCUCCAGCAGAUAGAGCAGCGCCAGGAGCAGCGGGCGCUGAGGGCCGAGCAGAAAUUCCAGGAGGGCCAGAGGUUCCUGGAGCACCUGGAGCAGAUGAGGAGGGAGGAUCGCGAGGCCUGGCAGCAGCAGCAGCAGCGCAAGCGGCAGCUCCUGGCCGACAUGAAGGCGGUGGAUGCGGAGAACCAGCGGCUGCGGCAGCGCAACAGCGAGCGCGAGCGGCGCGCCGAGCUGCGGGCCCUGGAGGAGCAGCGCCAGCAGGGGGUCAGGGGCCAUGUCCCUGUCCUGGUGCCGCUGUCCCCAUGUCGCUGUCCCCAGGAGCGGGACGCGGCGCUGGAGACGGAGCGGGCGCGGCUGCGGCGGGAGCGGCAGCGGGAGCUGGACCGGGUCAAGGCCAUGCAGGAGCACGAGCGGGACUGGCAGGAGGCGCGGGAGGCUGUGCGCUGCAGGCGCAGCCAGGAGGCAGCGGAGCGGGCCUGGCGGCAGCGGGAGCUGCAGCGGGAGCGGCGCCGCGCGGAGCAGCUGCAGGAGCUGCAGCGGGGCCGCCGCGAGCAGGUGACACAGCGGCGACAGCAGCUGGCGCUGGCGCUGCAGCAGGAGCGCCGCGACUUCCUCACCCUGCUCAGGUGGGUGGCACCGCGGCUGGCACGGCGACAGCCGGGGCGUUGGGGACACGUCGGUGUCGCCCCACGGGCAGUGCCAGGUGUGGCCGUGUCCCUGUGCCACCCUGCUGGCUCCGGGGACACCAGUGUCACCCAGCAGCAGCAGCAGCUGGCACGGCAGCGGGCACAGCGCGCCCACGCCGAGGCGCUGCGGGAGCAGAUCCGGGAGUCGCGGCAGCGGCGACAGCGCGACCGAGCCGCGGCCAUCGAGGAGGGGCAGCGGGAGCUGGCGCGGGCACGGCAGCGGGCAGAGCGCCUGGCACGCGCGGGGCAGCAGAAACUGCAGCGCCUCAGGGACUCCGGGGUGCCCGACAGGUUCUGUGCCCUGGUGGAGAAGAGAGCCUGGGGCACGGCCAGCGCUGCCACCUCCUGA